UAAUUCAUAAUUGACUAUACAUAAUAGCCACUAUUUCACUAUUUCUUCCGAGGGUUAGGCACCCAUACAUUUUUUUAAAAAUUCAAGUCAGUGAUAUUCUCUUUUGAUUUGUGUGUAAAAGUUAAGUUUUUAAGUUUAUAUCAAUAAUUGGUGAUAAAAAAAAAAACGAUGAGUGGUGACGAGUCGAUUAGUGAAAUACAAAAAUUUUUUAAGGGUUCUAAUGUUUUCGUAACUGGUGCUACUGGAUUCAUCGGACACGUUCUAGUCGAAAAACUUCUCAGAACAUGUUUGGUGAGCAAGUUGUACCUCUUAGUCAGGCCGAAGAAAAAUAAAGACCCUCAGACUCGGAUGCGCGAAAUGUUCAGUGCCACUCUGUUCACUCGACUGUGGGACGAGCAACCGGACUUCAUCGACAAAGUAUUUCUCAUUGCCGGCGAUUGCGCUGAACCGAAUUUGGGUCUAUCGGCUGCCGACGAAGAGUUCAUGGUCGCCAACAUGGAUAUCGUCAUUCACUGCGCUGCCACGAUCAAUCUCAACGGACCGUUGAAGCACACGAGUUUCAUCAACGUCAGGUCCACCAGAGAUUUGCUGUUGAUCGCUCGGCGUAUGCACAGACUUAAGUCAUUCGUAUAUGUGUCCACUGCGUUCGUGAACCCUAAUCAACCGAUCACCGAAGAAAUAAUUUACGAUUGUCACAUGAAAGGGGACGCUUUGAUCAAUUUGGUCGAAAACAUGUCUGACUCGGUCUUGAACUCUAUAACACCCGAAUGUUUAGGAUCGUGGCCGAACACUUACACGUUGUCAAAGUGCAUCGCGGAGAAUCUCGUAAAGGAAUAUGGUCAAAACAUGCCGAUAUGUGUGGCUAGACCGUGCAUUGUCACGUUUACGAAUGAAGAACCGAUAUCUGGAUGGGUAAACACAAUGAAAAGUGUACCCGGUUUAUGUUUAGGUGUUGGUUUAGGAGCUAUACACGUGGUGCAUGUGGAUCCGAAUGUUGGGGCAAUAAUCAUGCCGGCCGAUAAUGUAGCGAAUAUGAUUAUUACUGCAGCUCAUCAUGCAUCUAAGACACGUUCAAAACCUACAAUUCCAGUAUUCAAUUACGUUCCAAACCAUAUGGCACCACCAUUGACAUACGGUCAGAGUGUACAGUAUGUCAUAGACUUAUUAAUGAGAAAUCAAUUAAAUUCGGAAAAACAGAUUUGGAAACUAAGUGUGUAUAUAACAGGUUCAAAAGUAUUAUUUCCUAUACUUUUUUUUAUAUACCAUUAUUUACCAGCAUAUCUCGUUGAUAGUUGUUUGUGGAUUUCAGGGAAAAAACCAAGGGUAACACAAAUUUAUAACAAAAUGAACGUUAUGAUGAAAGAUAUGAGAUAUUUUGGUGUCAUCGAUUUUAAAUUUGAUGACAGACAAUUACAAGCUCUCAUAUCGUCACAGAGUGAUAAGGAUAAAAAACUAUUUAACAUGGACAUAACAAAUAUAAAAUGGGAAAAAUAUUUUUUGAACACCAUACUUGGAAUCAAAAAAUACAUCUUAAAAGACUCUGAAGAUCGAGCAGUCGGCCAAAAACGACAUCAAAAAAUUAUGGUUGCUUAUUAUGUCUUAUCAACAAUUAUUUAUGGAUGUCUUUUGUAUUUAUCUUAUGUGUUAUUGAAAAUGAUAUUUCCUAUAAACUAAAAUGUGUUUACAACAUUAUAAAUUAUAUAUUUAGUAUUAAAUUAAACGUAAAA